AUGUCGGAAGUUCGGGUUAGGCCCAAGCACAGACUUGUGGCCGGAAGUGUGCACAGGAACGCCUUCACAUUGGAUUACGCGCAGUUUUACCUUAGACCGGUGCCAAUUAGUGGCCAACAGCAGCAACAAGCGCAGCAGCAACACCAGCAGAUAGUGCAGCAGCAAUUGCUAGCCCAGCAGCAGCAUCAACUGCAAAUCCAGCAGCUGCAGCAACAACUGCUGCUGCAACAGAUCGAACGGGAGUUGCAGCAGCACCAGCAGCUUCUAUACAGCCAGCGACAACAGGCCCAGAGUAGCUAUUCGCCCGUGCGGCAGCGUUGGCUCUCCGGCAGCCACUACGACUACGCCGCACCGCAGCAAUCUUUGCCGCAAUUGCAACAGACCCUACAGCAGCAGCAGCAGCAGCAACAUCAUCUGCUCCAGCAGCACCAGCUACAACAGCAGCAACAGCAACAACAACAGCAACAGCAGCAGUACAGCUACUAUUUCAGUCGGGGAAGCACCAGCACCAGCUCCGGCCUGGGUCUGGGACUGGGCCUGGGCUUCGGUCUGGGCAGCGGCAACCUAGCCAGCUGGUACCAUCUGCCCUCUACGUCGGCGCACAUUUACAUUGGGACAACCAGCAGCGGCGGCGCAGGUACAACCCCGUAUCCAUAUCCGUAUCGGGGAUUGGGAGCCUAUACCGGCGGCGGCUAUCCGGCAGCGGCACUGAUCAACUUUGAUGCCUCGCCCACUCCACUGCUAGCAUCAGCUGGAACAUCGCCGGGCUAUCUGCCGCCACUCCCUGUGCCGGCAGCCCUACCACCGCCGCCACCGGCGCCGAGCGUAGCCACCGACUACUACUUCAGCAGCCGAAGCACUCGCACGCUUCCACCUCAAGCCACAGCGGCAACGGCCCUAGGCGCCACCACAGGAGCCAGCUUAGGAGCCAGCAUAGGAGCCAGCAUAGGAGCAGCAGCAGCAGCAGGAGCAGCAACAGCAUCAUCGACAGCCAGACUAUCGCCGUUCCAGGAGUACACGGCUAGUGCGGCGGAGGAGCUGCAAGCUGGCUAUCGCUACAAAGCCACGCCCCGAAGGCGCUACGACGCCUACGACAACUACGGCUAUCUGCCGGGCUUUGCCAGCACAACCGAAGACGAGGAGGAUCUGCUCGAGGAGUGCCUGCCCGCGGCCCUACUCUCCACGGACUGUGACAGUCUCGAGGAAGUGCGCUUUCUACAGCACCAGGCGGAGGAGGACGACGACGAGGAAGACGAGGAGGUUGCCACACAGUUGGCGCACAUUCUUGACCUGCCCGAUUUUUUGCAUCCUUACGGCGGCGGCGGCGCAGGCGGCAGCAGCAGAGCCAGCAUACACAGCCACAAGACGCCGCCGCAACACGAAUACCAGACGGAGCACGGCUCAGCCGCAGCCGGAGGAGGAGGAGGAGUUUCUACCACAGGCGGAGGAGGAGGCACUGGCGGCACGGAAGGCGGUACAGGCAUCAGUGGUGGUGGCGUCGGUCAGUCGCAACGCGAAACGGUUGAGCAACGCUAUCACCAAUACCAAUACCAGCAACAACAGCAUCAGCAGCAACAGCACCAACAGCAACAUCAAUUCCAUCACCACCAUCACCAUCAGCAGCAGCAGCAGCAACAACAACAGCAGCAGCAGCAGCAGUUCCAGCAGACACCGCAGCAAUCGCAGGGCCAGCAGCAGCAGGCGUACCACUCGUAUCAGUAUCCAUCGCAGGACAGCUGCGAGGGCUUCAACCACUUUGCCAACGACGCCACCAGCUGCCUCGGCAACCAGAGAAUGAUGGUUAGCAAAUUGUGGAACAGUUGCUUCCCGGAGUUCACGCCGGACCAUGUCCAUCGGCACAACUUUUAUCUGUGCCAGUGGCAGCGAAAUACGCAAGUGCGGAUUGUGUACCUGUUCUAUCGCUGGAUAACAGCCAUCACGUGCUUGGCAGCACUGGUCUGCUCCCUGCUGGACAUUGGGCGCACCGAGGAGCACUUUGAGCAUCACUAUGCCAAGUGGUGGAUCUAUCUGACUCACUGGGGCCUACUGUUCUGCACGGUGCAGGCCUGGCUGGCCGCCUGGAUCGUAACCCAGGGCAUGAUGGUGGAGCGCGAGGACUUUGAGAUCGUGCGCCAAGCCAAAAAGAGUCGUCUGCAUCAUCUCUACUGGGUGCUCUACACCUGUGCCACUGUUUAUGCCUUCAUUGUCACCAUGUGCUAUUGGCUACUCGUACACAACUCAGAAAUUCACAAAAUUGAUACGUUGAAUAUUAUGGUGCAUGUGCUGAACUCGAUUAUAAUGCUCAUCGAUCUGGCCAUUGUGGGGCAUCCGAUUAAAAUGAGCCACGCCUACUUCACCACGGGCAUCGGACUGGCAUAUGCCAUCUUCACGGGCAUCUACUUCUUGGCCGGCGGCACAGACAGGAAAAAUCAAACUGCCAUCUAUCCCAUGAUGGACUGGACCAAGCCGGGCAAGGCCAUUAUUGUUACGGCCUGUGCCAUAAUCUUCACCUUCUUUGUCCACUUCUGCUGCUACCUACUGUACCGAGGCCGGGUCUGGCUGUUCACCAAGCUCUGCAUUCGGGGCCGGCACAAUCGGGACGGUGAGAUGGGCGAGGGUCUAAACGAUGACUCAGGCUCUCGCAUGGGCGGAGGGGGCAUGGGUGGCAAUGUGGGCGGCACUGGAGGCGGGGUCAGUGGUUCGGUGGCUGCCGCUACUUCUGUGUGUGUUGGCUCCGGAGGCAGCAGCCAGGAUUAUGCCCACCAGCAGCAAUAUCCCAUUGCGCACACGGAGCAGCCGCGGGCCGGCAUUCAACAGCAGCAUCAGCAGCAGCAGCCGCCAGCCAACUACCAGGCUCCGCCACAGUAUUCCGGCUACCUGCAGCAGCCCGUGGUCGCUGGCGUCAAUGUGGGGGUGAUCAGUGCGGAGGGAGUCUACCAGCCGAUUGGAACAGACACCGGUCGCACCAGUGGUGGUGGUGGUGGUGGUGGUGGUGGUGGUGGUGGUGGUGGUGGUGGUGGUGGAGGUGGAGGUGGUGCCGUGAGCGAUGUCUCCGGGAAACACAAGUCGGCCUCUGGGUCGGGCUCGGGCUCGGCAUUGACGCGCACCGUAGCCCACUUGGAUGCGUCGCAGCGGGAGCAGUUCCUCAACCCCAACAAGAUCGUCGAGUAUAAGAUGUAAAGGCGAUGCACCCGGCACCGGUAUACGUUCCACUUGUCCAUCAAGUUUUUGGAGAAGCACUGUGCCCAGUGCGAGGCGACACGCAAUGCCAUCAGCGAGGAGCAGCGCCACCUCGCCGAUGGCACCGGGCACAGUGGUUAGCUUUAGAGUUGCUUUGAAUAACCAAUUCCCAAUUACCAAUUCCCAACUAUGUAUCUGCCAGAUCAGAUCGGAUCGGAUCGAAACAGUAUUGCGCUUGGUAUUGUACGGCAUUGUAGUUUGUAAAAGUAGUUUCGUAAUUUUGUAAAAGCUUUGCCAGUUUUUUAAAUGUGUGUAGACUUGCAGGAGAAGCAGUGGUGUAGGAGCAGCGCUUGUCGACCGUAACAUGGAAUAAAUUUAGAAUAUUAGGGACAUUCCUUUAGUGUUGCAUGCACAUGCCAAGGGGCAGCGAUAUCCCCCUCGAGCUGGGGGGGCUAUCUAUCCGUAUUGUAGUUGCUCCUGGAUGCUGCAUGCAAUUUCCAAACAAAUUUAAACACUUUUAAUGGACUAAGUUGAACAUGGAUAUGUUACAACUCACAAUAGCACCUUAAGUUAAAGCUCAGUUAUAUAUUUAUACCUUAAAAUGCAUCAAUUGUGUUCAAGAUUGUCGUUCCACAAAAAUAGUUGCAAUACGUUUGGCCCAUACUCCCUAUGAAUAACAGCCAGAACAACCAAACAACAGCAAACAUGUCAAACACAUACUGCCUAUAAUUAUGUUGCUUAAGUAUUUUUUCUUACAUAGUUUAUUACCCAUUUAUCCGCCUAAAUUUUAUAUAUCGGUGCAGGUGUAGAGCAGGCACAUGCACAUGCUCAUGCACGCGGCCCCAAGACGCACAGAGUCUGACAACAAAAAAUACAAUACAUACAUAAAUAUAGCUUACAAGAAUUAGAAUCUGACAUUCUAUCUGCUCUUGGGGUGUGCAGUGUGCACUGUGCAUGGACUUGGCAAAUUUAAUUGGCAGUUUUAGUGGCGCAAAUUGCACUAGAUAUUGGAGAUAUUUGUAUUUAGAGGAAGAGUAAAGUUUAACUUUAAGAUAUGCAUUAUGUAUGUAUGCUUGGCAUUGAGUUGCUUAGUGUUUAGUAAAUUGAUUACAUAAAAAUACAUAAUUUCAAUGGAUAUUUUCCAAGCAAGCACUACGCUGCAACAAAUAACUCUACAAUAUAAAGCACGACCGAAGAAUAUUAUUAACAAAGUACAUAAAUGUAUCUAAAUGAAGUAUUUUAGCAUAUAAUGUUGAAAGUAAUUAACUAAGAUCUAUACUUUUUGCUCAGAACAAACAACCAAACAAAUUAACGAAAUUCCUGUACCUAACGAGGGGCUCAAAAUGUUUUCCGUAUUCCGUUUUCCGUUUUGUUGGUUUCUUUUUCUUGUGACUCAAGCAUACGGACAGCACUGCUACAGCAUUAUCCUUAGUAUCCUAAGACAGAAAUUGCAAGCACUUAGCAAGUGAUUCGAGUUACAACCGAAUGGAAAUGAAAAUGGAAAUCUAAAUCGAAAUGGUAGUACCCAUACUCGUAUGUACAUAUGUGUAUGUAUAUUUAUGUGUAUGUAAAUAGUUGUUUUUCAUAUAUGUUGAGCGAAUUCUAUCUAUAUUCAAAUGCAUACAUAGGCAAACACCAAUGCAAUGACGGGUGGGAAGCAAUGUUGAACCAUGAAAUCAAAUCUCGUAUAAAAGUGUAGUAAACUUAAACCGAAAUGCAACAACAAUGAAACGAAAACCAAAAGCAAAACAAAAACCAAAACCAAAACCAAAACCAAAAUCAAAUGCAAUGAAUAAAACUCGUCAAGAGGAAUGUGUUAACAAGCAAAAGCAAAACCAAAUACAAAUGCAAAUACAAAGCAUAUUUAACUAAUAUACAGAAGUCGAAGUGCAACCCCUAGCUAUGUAUGUAUACAUACUCGUACAUACAUACAUACACACUUAAAAUUAUAAAUAAAAAACACACACACACACACACACAAAAUAAUAUAAAAAUGUAAAGCCUAGUGAAGUAAUACAAUUAAUUUUUGAUAGAUUUACAUAAACAGAACGCUCAUAUUCUAGAGACCUCCCAUACAGAAGACACACACACAGAUCAGAUCUCCAGGAAGUUUUUCUUAUUUGAUGUUCAGCAUUAGGUUGAUGUUAUUUUUCCCCCAGUUUUUUUUUUAGAGAAAUUUAACCAGUUUUGGUUGAGGUUUUUAGCAGAACUGGAAAUGUGCUUCGUAUUUGUGUCGUUAAAUUGUUCCCUCGUUUCUCCCAAUUUGUUUUCCAACAUUUAGCGUAAAUGUAUAAAUGUAUGUUUAUAUAGACUGAAUAUUAUUAAAAAAAAAAAGAACAAAAUCUGACAACAACAAAAUAACUAAAUAAUAUAAAUAUAUAAAGAAGAGAAUAUAAAGCCAGAGUUUAUAUUAACCGCAACUUAAAACAGUAAGGCACAUAUCAAUAAUUAAACAAGAUCAUUAUUAAAUGAAAACAAAUGAAUUAAACAGUUAAUACAAUUAAACUAAAUUAAACGAAAAGCAAACGUUUCAAAGUAAAACAAAUCAAAGUUGACCUCAUCAAGAAUCACCAAACACCAAAGUAAAGAAAUAUGUAUGUAUAAAUGUUAAACAAGAAUACAAUACGUGUAUAUGCAUAUGUAUGUAUGUAUAUUACAUAUAGUGCAUGCAUAUGUAUAUUCUGAAUAUAUUUAGCAAAGAGAGACAAAUUAAAAUAUUAUAUUUUGUAGAUUUUUAGUAAACUAGAAGUGAGUGAACAUGGACAGCAUAUAUCUACAAUAUAUACUAACUGUAUACAUACAUACAUACAGUACAUACUCGUACAUCCCUGCAUACUACAUAGAAUACAUAGUAUAGACAUGUACGUAGCUCUCUGUACCCGAGUUGUUUGGGGAAACAAACGAGAAUAUGGAAAAGCUUUAAGAAACCCAAAUGGUUGGACGAAACUUUUAUAUCUACGCUCGAAUAAAAGUUGAAUGAAUUGCUCAAAUGGAGUAAGUAUGUACCUCCCAUGUCAUACUGCUGAACAGGAGGCGGGCAUCAGUAGCCGUAGAUGUGAGGAGAUGUCAGGCAUUGAUGCGAGUAUAC